CGGGCGGUGGAACCAGUUUUUCUGCUCCGAAAGUGGGACUGGAGAGGAGACGGCAGCACUCAAAUACCCAGAACUGCGGGCAGCCGCCAGCGAGGCGCCAAGGAGGCCGCCUGCCCUCACCUGCUCCAGGUGUGACGGCCUCGUGGCCGGGAGCCGGGCGGCUGCUGUGAAAUGUCGACGAUCCUGAAAUGGUUUGGACGGGAGGAGAAGGAAAGCGAAGAGAGGGGAAAGGAUGAGGAGGAGGAGGAGAAAGAAAAAGAGAAAGAAAAGGAGGAGAAAGAAAAAGAGGAGGACAAGAAGAAGAAGAAGAAGAAGCAGCAGGAAAAGGGAGACGGGGAAGCAGCAGGCAGGAGCAGCAGCAGCUCCGGCAGCGAUUCGGAGGAGGACCGUGGCAGCAACAAGGAGGAUGAGAAGGAGGAUGAAGAUUAGCCUUUCCGCACCGGAGCUACGCUGCGCGGCCUGAGUGCGCUGGGGAGGUGGGGUGCAGGUGGCAGCACGUUGUAGGGGGACCUGGGCCACUUUCAGCCAAAUAAAGGUGUUUUUGGGUGCCAAA